UAUCAUUUGACAAGAUUCACUUGCAUUAGCAACAAUGGUCGCUAAGUUCGUCGUAGUUCUCGCCCUGGUGGCUGUAGCACACUGCUCAGUCCUCCCAGUGGUCAAAGUAGACGGCGACUCCUCCAGCUUCUCCUACGACGUGGCCGACCCCAUCACCGGUGACUACAAAAGCCAAGUCGAGACCCGUGUGGGAGGCACCGUGGCCGGACAGUACUCUUUAGUCGACCCCGAUGGCACUCAGAGGAUCGUUGACUACACCGCUGACGACAUCAACGGUUUCAACGCUGUUGUGCGCAAGGAGCCGUUAGUUAAGUCCGUUGUUGCUGCCCCCGUUGUUGCUGCAACCCCCGUUGUUGCCGCAACCCCCGCUGUUGCCGCUCCCGCUGUAGUUGCCGCACGCACUGUUGCUCCAGUCGUCGCCUCUCCCACCGUAUACUCUUCCCCAGUCGUCACUCCCUCAUUCUACGGAGCCUACCCAUCGGUAUACAACACUGUACCCUCAGUCUACAGCUCCCUGUCAGGAUACGCGACCCCUUACUCUACCUACGGAUGGUCCAACCCCCUCGGCUACUCGGCAUACGGCUACCCCUCAAACUACUGGGUUAAGUAAAUUGUUUAUUUCUAAUGACUAACUGUAUAUACUUUUGUGUAAAUAUCUGUACAUUUGUGUAAAAUUAUAUUUUAAAUAAAGCAGAAUAUCGAUAUAAUCCUAUUGUUUU